AUGCCACCCUUCCCCUCACCCACCACCAUCUGGCACGACAAAGCCUACUCCGAGAUCUCGCCCUCGCGGCCCGAACUCUCCGCCCGCGGGAAAACCGUUCUAAUCACUGGCGGCGGCACCGGCAUCGGUGCAGAGAGCGGGCGCCGCUUUGCUCAAGCCGGCGCCGCACGCAUCGCCCUCCUCGGCCGUCGCGAACAACCUCUACUCGAUACCAGAGCCUCCAUCCAGCAAGACUUCCCCGCCGUCGAGGUCUUCGUCGCCUCCACGGACGUCACCCAGAAGAGCGCAGUCGACGCCGCCUUCCACCAAUUCCUCAGCGCCACCGGCCAGAUCGACGUUCUGGUCAGUAACGCAGCAAUCGUCGGACCGCAGACGCUCGUGGCCUCGGCUGCGGGUGAACGCUUCCUCAACGCGAUCGAGCAACACCUCCACGGCGCGUUCUGGGUGGCGCAGGCAUUUCUGCGGCACGCGGCGCCCGAUGCCGUCGUCAUUGAGACCUCCUCUAGCGCGGCGCACAUCAACCUAGGGACGGGAUUUGGCUCGUAUAGCGUCGCGAAGAUGGCGGUCUUCCGUUUCUGGGACUUUGUCGGCGCCGAGAAUCCCACGCUGCGCGUGUAUCAUGUGCAGCCUGGGGUGGUGGACACAGCUAUGAACCGUGAGUCCGGGGGGGUGAAGAUGGUUGGGUUUGAGGAUAAUGUGGAUCUGCCUGCGAGCUUUUAUGUUUGGCUGGCGAGCCCCGAGGCGCGGUUCUUGAAGGGCAAGUAUCUGUGGGCGAAUUGGGAUGUGAAUGAACUGAAGCAGAACGCGGAUGAGAUUCAAUCUACCGCUCGGUUUACUAUUCAGCUUUAUGGGUGGCCCUUUGAUACGGAUGGGUGGCGGCUUCACUGGAAGUCUGGCGGUGCUGAGGACUUGGCAUAACGGGGCGUGG